AAAUCUUCCCGGAGAACCGAAGAGGAGGUUAUGACUAUGUACGAGGAGUGGUGCAUGAGGCAUGGAAAGCUCAACAACAACUGCCUCCACCUGGGUCAAAAGGAAAAGAGGUUUGAAAUUUUCAAAGAUAACCUUGAGUUUAUCGACAAGCACAAUGCUGAAAACCGGACAUAUAAGGUUGGUUUGAACCGGUUCGCUGAUCUUAGCAACGAGGAGUACCGGCCCAUGUAUCUUGGAUUCAAGACCGACUCAAGUCUACUGGCCGAGGCUGCGACAAAGAACAUCAUCCAUUAUGUUGCAAGUGUUGGUGACGACUUGCCUGAAUAUGUUGAUUGGAGGAAAGAAGGUGCAGUGAACGAAAUCAAAGACCAAGGUCGUUGUUCUAGCUGUUGGACGUUUUCAGCCGUAGCUGCAGUGGAAGGCAUAAACAAGAUAGUUACCGGAGAGCUUGUUUCCCUAUCCCAACAACUUGUUGAUUGCGAUCAAACUGUUAAUGUAGGAUGCGACGGUGGCCAUGUGGAAUUGGCCUUUGAGUACAUCAUUAAGAAUGGUAUUUUCAGUGACAAUGACUAUCCUUAUCGUGGUGUUGAUUGUGCAUGUGAUCUAAACAAAAAAAAUGCGAAAGUGAUAACCAUAGAUGAUUACGAAGAAGUACCCAAAUACAAUGAAUUAGCCUUAAAAGAAGCGGUUUCUAAUCAACCAAUAAGCGCUGCGAUUGAAUCAUGUAGUACAGAAUUUCAGUUAUAUUUGCAUGGCAUACUGAGUGGAAGCUUUGUUAGAUCCUUAGACCAUGCUGUAAAUAUUGUUGGCUAUGGAACAGAAGGCGGACGUGAUUACUGGAUCGUCAGAAAUAGUUGGGGCAAGGGAUGGGGAGAGGCUGGGUACGUAAGAUUGGAGCGCAAUUUAGCAACAAGCAUGUUAGGAACAUUUGGAAUCGCAAUGAGGGCCUCCUACCCUGUAAUGAGAGGCCAAAAUCUUGGACCAUCUCCUCCUUAA